CCGCUGUUACUUGCGUUUUCCGCAGUUGGAUGUUGACGAAAAACCAGUAGUCGGCGGAUAAUUGGAUGGUCGGCAGGUCGGUCGGCCUAUCGUACAAAUAGGCAUGUGCACAUAUGUACGUACGAGUGCUCUGUUGAAGUGGCAGUUGAAUGGAAACGAUUUGGCGGGUAGUCAAUUCACUGCAUUUUUACGCAUCUGUGAAUUCGAACGCAGCAAUAGAUGCUAAUAACAAAAGCAACGGUGUCGAGGUGACGUGUGUGCUUGUUGUGUUUUUGCUACAUCUGUGAAUACGUUUGGUGAUUAAGUGGUUUCAAGUGAAACAAUUUUGAGUGUGCUCCAGCCUAUUGAUAUGGCUCUAACCCCUCGCACAGUGGGAAUCUAAUAAUUCUAGCUAUUCGCGAAAUUUCAAAUGGCAUUGACAAGAUAUUUAGAUGCGUCGGUGAAACACAAGGGAUAUACAUAUGUACGACUUUUCACAUGCAAACUCAUAAAUUUACAUACAUACAUAAUACAUAUGAGAAAUUACACACGUAUGCUAAGGAAAAAAAAAAACAUAAAAACUACGCGCUUAUCUUCUCGUGCUCAACUGCCAGCGGGUCAGCGCAUAAGUUCGGAAGUGUGACAAACCAAUUAGAGUUUCACUUUGUGUUGCGUGUUAAUUAUAUCUAAAAGAUACCUCGCGGACGUUACGCUACAGCGGCGCUGGCGCUGGCGCUGAUGUUCACGUUUACAAUAAAAGCAAUGAUGAUGACGAUAGAACGCGCAAACUGUUGCCAAUGGAUAUAUUUUAAAGUAUAAAAAAUUACAAACAAUAAAAAUUGGCUACGAGCAAAUCUACUUAAUACAUACCCAGAUGUGGGCAAAGUAAACAUGUCACAAAUUUUGAAGCUCACACCAGGAAAUAAAGUAAAUAAAACAUAUUUAAUAAUAAACCAAACACAACAAUAAAUGUCCCAUGGUCCGAGCAUAAAUUUAGGCUGUGAUUAAAUAUUGUUGACGUUUGAAACUACUUUCAAAAUACUGUUCUGCUAAUGGCUUCCCAUAGAUGCAAAAAUGGUUCAAUUUAACACAGAAAAUGUUAAAGCGGAAAAUGGCAUCAGUGCUGGUAUGAUUGGAGACGGUUGUAAAAUGACCAAUGCCUCCAACACGCCUACUCCAUCGCCCUCGCGAACACCAAACAAGGCGCGACAGUUGUCAGUGAUGGACGAAGAAGAAGGCGCUACUGCUGAAAAUAUUCAUUUGGACGAUUUGUACACACGAUAUCGCCAACGCCUACGCAAGUCGCUUUUUAGAUCCGGCCUACUGAUAUCACUAGUUGCAUGUGUGGUCUCCAUAAUCGUUGGUGUCAUUUACGAACAAGGUUUGCUUCAAACGUGCCUCUUGGCGCUAGCUGCCAUCAUAUCUGCGGGUAUAUUGACAGCACUGCAAUUCCCGGCGGUCCUUAGCUCGCCAGUAGCCGCGUUGGCGUUUGCCAUUGUAACCACUUUCUCGCUGGGGACGAUAGCAGCAAUUACGGGUGAAAAAUUGGCGCCAUUACCGUUAUUUGCCGUUUUCUUAGGUAUACAUACGAUGUUGCCGAUAUCCUGGCCAGUUUCCGUGGUAUUAGCUUUUUUCAUGACGACUGUUCACAUUAUCUACCGCAUUGCGACCAGCGAGGAAUAUACACCCAGUUUGCCGUUGCUCUUCGGGGAAAUUAUCAUGUUGGCCUCCGCAUCUGUUUCUGGUCUUUACUAUCGCAUUAUGUCAGAUGCAGCACACAACCGCACUGUGGACGGUACACGUACAGGAAUCGAGCAACGCGUCAAGCUAGAGUGUGAACGAGAGCAACAAGAGCAGCUUUUGUUAAGCGUCAUUCCCGCUUACAUAGCGGCAGAGGUGAAGCGUAGUAUUAUGCUGAAGAUGGCUGAUGCAUGCCAACGCGCUGGUGGUCAGACUACUACAUCUGCUACACGUUUUCACGAAUUGCACGUGCAGCGCCAUAACAAUGUGUCAAUUUUGUAUGCGGACAUUGUGAAUUUCACCCCACUUUCUGAGCAACUUUCUGCUAGUGAUUUGGUGAAGACGCUGAACGACCUCUUCGGACGUUUUGAUCAGAUUGCAGGGGAAAACCAGUGCUUGCGCAUUAAAAUUCUUGGUGACUGCUACUACUGUGUGUCCGGACUGCCCAUAUCAAGGCCGCAACACGCUGCCAAUUGUGUAAACAUGGGCCUACAGAUGAUUGAUGCCAUAAGACAUGUGCGCGAGGCAACCGGAAUUAAUGUUGACAUGCGUAUAGGCAUUCAUACUGGUAAUGUCCUUUGCGGUGUCCUUGGCUUACGUAAGUGGCAAUUUGAUGUUUGGAGUGAUGAUGUUACGUUGGCGAAUCAUAUGGAAAGUGGUGGUGUAGCAGGCCGAGUUCACAUCACUAAGCAAACGCUACAAUUCCUUGGUGACAAAUUCGUGGUUGAAGAGGGAAAUGGCGCUAGUCGGGACAGUUAUUUGGCGGACCAUAAAAUCGAAACAUAUCUCAUCGUACCCCCAAAGAAAAUACCUUAUCCAAUUGGCGUGCCGCAAGUGAUCGAGAUAUCAUCUUCUACAGAGGCCCAGCUUAACGAUUGCGAUGUUACCGAACGUCUUCUACCAAACCCUGCCCCUACCAGCAUCUCGAACGUGAAUAUAGCUUUAGCUAGUGGGCAGAAGACACCAAAUCAAGAAGAUGCGGUUUCUACCGGUGCCAUUAGCGGACUAAGCGGUGGGAUUUUCGCACUUGAACGUGGAAAACUCUCACCUUCGUCCACUAACAGCCAGGACCCAAUGAUAACAACAUCUAUGUCUAUAAAGGAACUGUCGGAAGAAGAUGAAGACGAUAUAAUAGCACAGACAUCAAAUCCGUUAGAUCGGAAUAAACAUCGCAGUGACAAAGAUUCAAAUACAGCAUUGGAAGAUGCUCAAACUAUUGGCAAUAAGUCAUCGUUAUCAUUAGCAAGCGCAGUAGCAAUGAGCGCAAAUGGCUGCAAUGGUGGUACGACGGAAUCAAGUUGUAAUAGUAAUGUCAACGAUGUUAACACCAACAACAAUGCUUCAAACAAUUCAGUGGCUAAUGCUUACAAUUUGUCUAUCGCUGAGGGGCCAGAAAAAAUUCGACGCAAGUUGUCGGUGCAAGGUCUUAUUUCAUUUGCGGACAGAAGACGUUCAUCAGGCGCCUUUAUGGAUGGUCGCAAGCUGUCCAUACACAGUGGAGAGAGCUUUCGCAGCCAUGCUGGUCAUGUUAAUCGUAAUCGUCCCUCCUCCAAGAUGACAAAAUAUGUAGAGUGCUGGGGUGCGGAUAAACCAUUUGCCAAUAUUGCAGAAUCGAAAUUGGUUAAAAACAUAGGACUAGCGAGCAUUGCCAUGAUUGAAUCUAAUCUAUUGCCACCGGAGCGUAAAUGUUUCAAUUUCAAUUUCUUUGGACCUCCUACGGAGCUGAAACCGUUCACAAUGUGGUACCGUAACACACCGCGCGAGGCCAUGUAUCGCGCCCAACCAGAUACGCAUUUCCGUUUCGAUUUAAUUUGCGCGUUUGUGCUUUUUCUCUCAAUCGCUCUAAUUCAGCUAGUCGUUAUUGAAAAAAAUAUAGCUUUGAUCGGCUCACUGGCAGCCAGCUUCAUUUCACUUGCGCUAUUUUUGUACCUAAGCAAUAUCCAGGUGCCCGAAAUGAAUGCGUCAACGACAGACCGCAAUGGUCCCGGCCAAGUGGUGGCCAGUAGUCGAUACCUUCGACUCGCUAUUUUCAUUAUAGUAAAUAUACUAAUAUCUGCAUGCGCCGUAUUCAGCGUGAUAAACUUUAUGUCCGAUAUCAACAUUGAAUCGAUAAAGCAAGAAAGUAACUUAACCGACUCACUAUCAUCUGCAAUCAAUGGCACAUCUUUGCCAGACAUCAUUUAUACUAAUCUGCAGGUUCCAUUAUAUACUUCAAAUCAAGUAGAGACGGCGCCAAUCUAUUUAUUUUGCUGUGCCAUUAGUCUGGCAGCAGUCUCCGCUUUCCUACGUUCUGGCUUCAUUCUCAAGCUGAUCACCAUGAUUGCGGCUCUCAUAUGUCAAAUAGUUGUGCUGGGUUUUAGUGACCUAUAUAUAUUAUUUAAUUUGCAACAAAUUAGUGCUCUGCCAAUAGAGCUUAAAGGAUUCCUCUUAUUGCUACUGGUGGUUGCAGUGCUGCACACGCUAGACCGCCAGGGUGAAUAUGUCGCCCGCACAGAUUUCUUGUGGAAGGCGAAAUUAAAGGUGGAGCAGGAAGAAGUUGAAACAAUGCGUGGCAUCAAUAAGAUUCUUCUAGAAAACAUUUUACCCGCUCAUGUGGCCACACACUUUCUUCACCAAGACCGCUCAACUGAGUUGUAUCACGAGAGCUAUUCCUGCGUAGCUGUGAUGUUUGCUUCGAUACCAAAUUACAAGGAAUUCUAUGAUGAGACUGAUGUCAAUAAACAAGGACUUGAAUGUUUGCGGUUGCUAAAUGAGAUUAUUUGCGAUUUUGAUAAGUUGCUUCUGAAACCCAAAUUUAGUGGCAUUGAAAAAAUCAAAACUAUUGCAAGCACCUAUAUGUGCGCGUCUGGUCUGCGACCAGGCAAGGAGGACGGCGCUAUGCUGAUGCGUAAUUUUGCGGAUGAGAAGCGCACUGAAGAGCAUAAUGUCACCAUAUUGGUAGAAUUUGCCAUCGCUCUGAUGUCAAUAUUAGACUCAAUUAAUCGUGAAUCAUUUCAACGGUUCCGGUUGCGUAUCGGACUGAACCAUGGCCCGGUCAUUGCAGGAGUUAUUGGUGCACAAAAACCUCAAUACGACAUAUGGAGCAAUACAGUAAAUGUUGCGUCGCGUAUGGAUUCCUGCGGGGUGAUGGGACGACUACAGGUAAAAAAAAGAAAACAUAAGUAACUAAUAAAAAUUAACUUCAACAUAUUCGCAUUAUACAAUGAUGGGUAAAGUGGCUCCAACAUUUAAUGAACAAUAAAGCUCAAUUCGAUUGCUAGCUUAAGGGCUCAACCUGGAGCAAGUAUAAAGGGAAAUAUCAAAACGCAAUAUCUCAUGCCAAUACAAAUUACCAACGAGAGUACUUACCGCGAAUGCCCAUCUCUGCAGUUCCCCUAAAGUCCUAACCAAAAAUGUACCCCAUUUUCAUUGCUACCCAGUAGAUAAUCUCAGG